CCCUGUGGCCAAUAGCUGGAGGAGAGGAGCUUCUGGUCAAAGUGAUUCAGCAAGAAGCCGAACCUGCUGCAAGUACACUGCCUGCCCGCCCUUAGGUGCACAGGGUUGUACCGGCAGCACCCGGGCAGCUGGCACUGUCCUAGCCAUGUGGGCAGCAGUACUGUUCACCUUCUGCUGCCUCACUGCGGGCUCCUGCAGGGUUCCCCCAGAUUUUCAUUCCCUGGACCUUAACUUGAGAAUCUGGCCAGGAGCUCCCAAACCAAUAAAGACUAAUGACCCCAGAGCCCUCAGAGCGGCCAGGUACAGUGUAGAGCAGUUCAACAACUACACCAACGACAUCUUCCUGUACAAGGAGGCCCACAUCAGCAGAGCCCUGGUGCAGGUGGUUAAAGGCCUAAAGUACAUGCUAGAGGUGCAAAUCGGAAGGACCACAUGCAGGAAGACCUCGCACCCUGCUCUGGACCAUUGUGACUUCCAAACCAGCCCCUCCCUGCAGCAGACUUUGUGGUGCUACUCCGAGGUCUGGGUCAUCCCUUGGCUGCACUGGGUCCAGGUGCCAGUGCUCCGUUGCCACUGACUUCGUCUCUGGAUGCAGCAUAUGCUGUGGACGCCUGCACUUCAGCCCCAAGGUCACAGCCUGCUGGCAGACAGAUUUGUAGUGGCCUGGGGUGACACAUGCAUCUUGUCUCAGUGAUCACUAAGAUCGGUGUCACUGUCGCAAUGGCCCUAGAACUGGUCCUGGGAUGGGUAGUGCUGGGGCCCCCUCUCCACCAAGAGCCCAAGCCUAUCUCCUGGUCCCAGAUGCAGAUCACCAGCUGGAGGAAGGCAAGCACACUAUGGAUCAUGACCUUUCCUGGGAAAGUGUAAGAAUGAAUAGAGACAGAUGACUUAAAACAA